AUGACUUCCCGUAAGAGACACCGGCCCCCAGACCUCGCUGCAACAGCCCCGUCCCCGUCCACAACUCGCUCCCGCCCUUCCCCUUCUUUCGCUACUGUCCAUGUUCCUCUUCCGCCAAUCUUACCGCCACCCUCUUCUUCCAACCAUCAGCAAACCUCACUUCAGCCCCCGCCUCCUUCUCCUACACACGCCUCUCGUCCUCACGAUAAGCCUCCUCUUAUCUCCCAGCAACAGAAGGACGCCCUUCACCAAGCCUCCACUCCGCCAGCAAUCCCUUCUGCCACCUGGGAUGCUGUCCUUGAGUGGGAUUGGCCCGCUUUCUUCAGCCCGGUGGUUUCUCCCGGUCCCAUCAUCCGCCGCAUCCCUCCUCGCAUUCGCCUUCUUGUGCUUGACGCCAUGCUUAUCCCCCUUCGUCGGCUUGCACAGCAUCCCUCUGACACUGCUGCGCAUCUUAUCCUGCUUGCGUUUCCGCGCCUCGUCCUCCGCCUAACUGCAGCUACCCCUUCGCAAUCGCUUACCGCAGCAUGUGCCCUUCUUGCUCAGCGCUUCAUCAGUGGGGACUGGCAUGCGCUUUUCCUUGAAGCCUCUGCCGCUGCCACCCCUGCUGCUCGCCCUCUCAACCUUGCUUCAGCACGCUCCACAGCCACGCAGGCUCGCCUCCAUCGUGCCGCGCGAUUUGCUAAGUGCGGCGACUGGUCUCGCUCCCUGGCAGCAUUGGAAGCCGGCGAGUUCGCACCCCCCUCCUCGGAAACCAUCUCCUCUCUCUCUUCCAAGCAUCCACCAGCUCCGCAGCCUCUUCCUCAUUGGAUAUCCACCUUCACCCCAGACUCUUACCCACAGCUUUCAGCCCCGCUCCUCCACCUGGCUCUUCGAUCAGCCCCACGGGGUACCGCGGCUGGCCCUUCGGGUUGCCUCUUCUACUCCUCCCCGUCUCCCCUUCACUACCGCAACGGCCCCACCCUCCAUACAUUCGAGUCCGCCUCGGGUGUGCGCCAGGGGGACCCCUGCGGUCCCUUUCUCUACGCCCUCACCCAGCAGCUUGCCAUUCUUCCCACACAAAACCAGUUCCCAUCCAUCUUCAUCUCCUCUUAUGCUGACGACACCUUCCUCGUUGGCCCUCCUUCAAUCAUCACCACUGCCUUCACAGCCCUGACCGACCGCCUUCAUUCCUUGGGCCUUACAGUCCAACCCUCGAAGUGUUCCAUCUGGUGCCCUCUUGACUGGCCUCAGGGCUGCGCAACUCCUUCGGGUGUACCUAUCGCUCCCAACGGCCUCAACGUUGCGGGGGUCCCGAUUGGCUCGGACGGCUACAUCAUCUCCACAGUACAGGAGAAGCUCGCCUCAUUUACUACCUCUCUUCCUCUUCUUCACCAGCUUCAUGACCCUCAGACUGCCUCCCGCAUCCUCUCCCAGUGCGUCUCAGCCCGUCCUUCCUUCCUCCUCCGGACUGUAUCGCCAUUCCCAGAGAUUCAUGACCUCUUCAGCUCUUGGGAUUCUACCCUCUUGGACCAUUUCACCCAGCUUUUUGGCCCCGGUUAUUGGAUCCCAGACACGGAACAGACAAAAACAGCGCAGCAGCAAGUCUUUCUUCCAAUUCGCCUUGGGGGCUUUGGCCUUCGUUCCUCCGCCUCUACAGCACCUCUUAGUUACCUCUGCAGUUGGGCCCAGUCGCUUCCACUACUGUCCACUCACUUCAUCACUGACGGCUCACCACUUUUCCGCCCCUUUCUCUCAUCUGACACCAUUCAUCGCCUCGACGAGUUCAUUCCAGCUGCUACUGCCAUGCUCCCAAAAGAAGUUCGUGACCGUUUCCCUUCCUGGUCCCACCUCCUACCCGGCUAUCCCCCCAAACUCUUCACUCAUCUCUCACAGCAGCUUGAGGCUUCUUUGCUCGAAAAAGUCCGCUCGUCUGUCACUUCCCCACUUCGCCUGGCCCGUUUAACCUCCCUGCAGGGCCCGCAUGCGGGGGAUUGGCUUACUGCGGCUCCUUCUUCGCCUCAGUUGCAGCUCACUGAAUCCGAAUGGCGCAUCGCUGCUGCUAUCCGCCUUGGCCUCCCCAUUCCUCACCUUAGCUCCGCUGAAACUUGCGCCUGUGGACAUCCUUUCUCUGACUCCUCCCUCCCAUCCCAUGCCCUACGCUGCCCCAAGAACAACGAGCCUACCAGAGUGCAUGACGCCAUCAAACACGAACUGCACCGCAUUAUCUUGGAGCUUGGUCUCGUGUCGCAGUUGGAAGACCACCACCUCCUUCCAGGCCGCCGACCUGACAUCACCUGCAGGGACCUCCAAUCCGGCACCACCUUGGCUUUGGACGUUUCGGUAGCCGACUCGCAGCACGGCUUCCCCCACUCCAAUGCUGCCACCGUCAUUGGGUCAGCCGCAGCUACACGCGAGACUGAGAAGGCAACUCUGUACGCACCAUCCCUGCACGCCCGUCCCGACGUCAAGUUACUUCCACUGGCGCUUGAGACUUUCGGGUGGAGCAUCACACUCAGGCACUCACACCCGCUCACUCCUCUUCUUCUCUCUCUCCUCUCCCCUUCUCCCUCCUCUCCCUCUCUCCCCCUCUACCCCUCUCCCCCUCUACCUCUCUACCUCUCCCCCUCUCUCCCUCUCCCUAUGCUAUGGGAAUUACAGGCAACAAACCUCCAGUUCGUGUUUGUGUCUUCAGCAUCUCAAACAGCAACGCCGUUCCUCGUUAGAAGAGCAACGCCGUUCCUCGUUAGAAGAGCAACGCCGUUUCUCGUUAGAAGAGCAACGCCGCUCCUCGUCUUCCUCGUUUCAACGCCCCUCCUUGCCAGCUUGCAGCAUUCGGCGAGCGCACUCUCUUUUGCUCCUUUCCCCGCCGCGCUUUAUCGUUGCCCCUCCUUCCGCCCCGCUCCUUCUGCCCCGCUUCCUCUCGGCCAACUUCAACGUUGCCCUUCCGCCCUUCCGCCCUUCCGCCAUUCCGCCCUUCCGUCCUUCCGCUCUUCUUCCUUUCCGCCUUUCUGCCUUUCCGCCCUUCCUCACUUCCGCCCUUCUGCCCUCUCCUAUCUGACGCCUUCCCCUCCCCCCUUGCGCGCAGGCCUGCGCGUGCGCGCGGAGCAAGGAAGGCGGGCGGGGGAGACAGAGCAGCGCAGCGCAGCGGGGGAGGAGGAAUCGCGGAAUGAGCUCCGCCUCAUGUCCGUUGCGCCCAUGCCCGUCGCCGCCCUUGCCGCUGGUAGGCUAAAGGGGAAAAGGGGGGAGGGGGGAAGGGAGGGAGGGGCGGAAAAGGGGAGGGGGGAGAGGGGGAGCGCGGGUGGCGGGAGUGGGGAGGGGGGAAGAGGGGGAGGGUGGGGAGGAGGGGAGGGGGGGAGGGUGGGAGGAGGGGAAUGGGGUAAAUGGGAGGCUUGCAGCUGCCACCAAAUCUCCUGCUUGCCUUCCCUUUCCCCCCCAUCUAUCUUUCCACCCUUCCCCCCUCGCCCCCCCACUCUCCCCCUUCCUUUUUCCUCCUCCCCUCCACUCUCCCCCUCCCUUUCCCCCCCCCUCUCUUCUUUCCCCCUCUCCAUUUCCCCCCUCCCCAAUCGCCCAGCUGACGCCUUGAGAGAGCUGUUAGAGCCGUAUGGGGAGUUGGUGCGUUCCUGGAAUCUUCCUGACUGGCUCAUCCACUGGGGGCAUCCCGGCAACAUGGCAGUGGUUCUUCUAGCCAUGGGGGGAUACGGCUCCUACCUGGGAUGGCAGAUUCGCCUCGCCUCGUCACCUGAGGCCAAGGCAGCAGCGCGGGCAGCCCACCCGCCCAUCAUGGGCUUCAUGUUUCUCUUCUUCGCCAUCGGUGCCACUGGUGGGCUCACCUCCCUUGUCACCACCGGCCGACCCAUCUUUGAAAGCCCCCAUGCUUACUCAGGCAUGGCUGGUCUCGUGCUGCUCACCAUUCAGACUGCAAUGACUGCCCUCUUCAAG